CUCCGAUACUACACGAAUCAACUCAGAGAGAAAAGAAGGAUAGACAAAGAUGAGGUGGAACCUGCCAGAAUACAUAUGAAUAUCAUAUGUCCACCUACUGUUAGAGAAUUCAACUCAAGAGAGUAUAGGAUAGGGAUUAAAGGAGUAAUCAAAUCAGCUGCCAAGAGAAGGUUAAAGAAAAUCAGUUAUGUACCUGAAUUGCUUCCUUACGACUGGCAUGGGAAGAAAAGCGAGAAAGAAGAGCAAGACACUAGCGUGGAUGAAGAAAAUUCGCACCAGCUAACUCUUGGAGAUUUUCUGACACUCAAUCAACCAUCAGCCUCCUCUUGUACAAUGAAAAGUUCUAGCAGCAAGUCCGAAGUGACUUCGUCCUUUGAGAUUGUCGCCCUAAAACCUUCUGAUGUGACGGAUAUUUCCUCCGCUACCAAUGCCCCCUGUAUAUUUGAAAUCAUUGAUGUUAAACUAAACAAUUUGGAUGCUUUCGAUCUACAGGAAGAAAUCCCUCUGUUAGCUCCUCACUACUGCACUGUACAUUGGUUUGGACCACAGCUGGUGUCAGUUGCUAGUAAAAGAUCGAUAAAUCCAAGAUUUGUCCUCUUUUUUGAGGUUAUGAGAGAUAUGGGACUUCUCAGAGUAAGAAUUAAUACAAAUGCUCGAUACACAGCUAAGCACAGCAAAAACGCUUUUGUAAAAAUGCUCGAAACACGAAGGAACUUCCCCUCAUUGUUCGACGAUGCGAUAGAAUUUAUAUUUCGUCUAGACCGGGCUAUCCCUGCACAGAAGCCUCCUAGGUUCACAGCUUACAAAACCAAUUUUAUGCAAAAUGUCAAUAGUGCAAUGCUUACGACAUCUGCUACCCGUUCUGACGAGUCUGAUCAGCUAGAUCUGUUGCGGCGAUUCUACAAGAGUGAUACUUCCGACGCUGAGCUUAAAUUAAAAGGAAAUCCUGUUCAACCAGAGUACUUGGAGCAAAAAAACUGGUUAGGAAAUCUUAUGCUGAGGUGGAGUUGCGCAGAGGCACGAAGGCACAGAUUUGACAAAUCAAGAAGAAAUGACUUUAAAAAUGCUGUUAUAAAGAAAUUCACAAUGGAAACGGAACAAAGCGAAGUGAUCGAUAUGAGGAAAACGGUAUUACUGCUAGUUGAACAUUGCAUGGCGUGGCUUUAUCUUCAUCGUCAUAACAACCAAGAUUUCCGGUAUACAAAGAAAAUGAUUCUACAAUUAUUCGAUCAAUUUAUUAGGUUUCAAGCUGGAAUUUUGAAUCCAGGGUAA